ACGCGGUUCCACCAAGCCAUCUGUACGGUGUUGCUUAUACAUCAAGGCAGAACAUCCACCAUCGCGAGUCGUCUCCAUCCUCCCAUCAUGGGCUCAGCGCAGAGCUACUUUUCCGGAGCUGCUAUCACGACUCUCCUGAUUGCAGGAGCUGCAGCAGUCGUAUAUGUCUACGUACAGUACACCCCACCAUCCGACUCUCAGCCCAGACCACCCCCUCCCCCUCCAACGCAAGGAAAGAAGAAGAAGAAGAAGAAACAGGCGGAAACGCAGUCAGAGGUCGCAUCAGAGUCGACCACAGUGGCGCCCAAUGUGGUGUCUUUCCCGCCCGUCAUUCCAGGUGACUUCGACACGCACUCGGAGCCCCACGACGUCGAGCCCGCUAGACCCUCUUCUAAACCGAAGAAGAAGAACAAGAACAAGAAGGCGAGCGCGUCAGGGACGGCCGCGUCGCGCGCUGCCUCUGCAGAUGUCAUGUCCGACUCGUCCGCGACUGCGCCAGAGUCGCAGGCCUCGGUGCGACCGACGGUCAAGUCUAGGAAGAGUUCCACGCCGAAACCAGCCCCCGUUGACAAUGACGAGUCAUGGACGCGUGUGGAUUCUCGAAGACGGCAUGUCUCACAGCUUGCAUCCGCAUCUAUAUCUGCGCCACCAGCCGAAGCGGGCACGAGCGAUGCGGGGAUCACCACGACGUCCCUCACUGAGACCUCGUCUCCCACCGUGGAACGAUCAGAUGAUGGAGUCCUUCCGGAGCAUCCGGGCCAGCCAUCCGAAAAUCGGAGGGCGCUGGCAGAGAGGUUGUUGCCAAAGCCACGGAAGACGGGUGUAGAUGACAUGCUGGAGACACCAGACUAUCCGACUCUCUCACGCGUUAUGCGGAUCCAGCCUGGGCCGAACGACAAGCCAGCGGCAGGUUUCUCAUGGGGAGAUUACGAGGACGUGGAUCAUCCGAGAGGUACUGCUGAUGAUGCAGACCGUGAGGACGACGGUGGAUGGGGCGUUGUGAAGGGCCGAGGUCAUUCAAAAACGCAGAAGAGCGCGACGGUGCCAGCCGCUCCCGAAACAUUGACGAAGAAACAGCGGCAAAAUGCGUCAAAGCGCGAGGCACAGAAAGAAGCCAAGGCAGCGGCAGAAGCAGACCGCCAAGCACGGCUGGCGAAGCACGAGCGUGAGCUCGAGCGAGCGAAGAUUGCAGAGCAGUACGCAAAGAAGGGCAAAACCAUCAGCGGCGGAAUGACCGCAUAUGUUGACGAGAAUGGCAAGCUUGUGUGGAAAUGA